CUCUUGUGGUAACGGAACACAGUCCCGCAAUCGAUCAUGUGACAUUCGAUAUACAGCCACUGGAGGGGAGGGGUGUAAUGGUUCUGAUUUUGAAGUUCAGAACUGUGACCUUGGAUACUGUCCAGUACAUGGUCUUUGGUCUGCAUGGCGUGAAUGGUCAGACUGUGUCUCGGUUCAGUGCGGAAUGGCCAAUCGAACACGAUCUAGGUCAUGUGACUCACCUCCUCCAACACAUGGUGGCAGUUACUGUCAGGGAGAAGGUCAAGAGACUGAGAGCUGUUGGAGUCUGCUAUGUUCGUCAACAGAACGCUUGGUGUGUACUCAGAAUCCAAAAAACACUACUUCACUUUCUUUACGAGAAAAGAUGCAGGAAAUCUCUAGAACACUGAAGUUGAACAAGACAAGUCUGUCGUCGGAAGUACGUAAAAAGACAUGCGCAGAAGACCCUAGAUCGUCAUCAAAGUACAUGGGUGUCAUGGCUGGGGUUAUCAUAGGAGUUUAUUUCGGACUUAUUCUUCUUGUUGACUGUACAUCUCUGCUCAGACGGGCGUGUUCAAGAAGCAAAAUAUGCGUAGUGAAUUUGAUUUAACCAGCGUGCUGUGGCUCUACCUGAAAGUAUCCCUGAAAUAUAUGGCGAUAUUAUAGUACAUUAAUUAGCGUAUUCAUUAUAACAGGCUGUAGAGAGAAAUUGUCGGUACGUUUAAGAUAAAUAAAGGUUGACAAUAUUUCUUUAUUAACA